CUUGCCUCCUACGCGUCUCGUCAGCUAUGCAGCGCCCUGAAAUAUGAUUCCGCCUCCACAAUUGGCCCCCUGUGCACUGUCGUACGAAAAUUCUCAACGGACCGCAUCCGCACGACCAUCUGAAUCUGCGGGUCUCGCCAUAUCUGCCGCCCCAAGGCGAAGCAUACUAUAGUCGCCGAAGUUAUCUCAGGGAUGAUUCCCCCUCAUAGACCUCGCUUGCGCCCGUAAACCUCGCUUAUCCCACGAGAAGCUCAAUAAACUGUAUACAUGCGGCUGUCAUCCGGCCGGCAUACCCACAGAUCAGGAGACUGAACCGCGUUGACCCAGCGUAUAUAACAAGGGCCCCGUCACUCCAAAAGUCUCAUCCUACAUCUCGUAGCUCCAUCGCACCUCUUGACAGUCAUGGGAAAGUACACAACAUCGAUGUUCCUCGCUGAUCAGCUCGGCUACCACGCGGCGGCGUACCAGAAGGACCUUUCCGGACAAACAGCAGUGGUCGUUGGCGCGAAUGUAGGACUUGGCUACGAGGCGGCGAAGCACUUCUCUACUAUGGGCGCGGCGCGCGUGGUCAUGGCGUGCCGUAGCAAGGAGCGUGGCACUGAAGCGGUCGAGCGCGUACAGAAGGAGACGGGCUUGAAGAACACGGAGCUGAUGCUCGUGGACCUCGCAGAUUUCGCCUCGACCGCGAAAUUCGCGGCCGAGUUGGAGGCGAAGGUCGACCGCCUUGACCUCCUAGUCCUGAACGCGGGCCUCGUCUCAAAUGGGCCGAAGCGCGCCGCGACAGUGGACGGGUGGGAGCAAGCGAUACAAGUCAAUGUCAUCGCGUCGUCCAUCCUCGCGCUGCUGCUCCUGCCUUUGAUGAUCAAGACCUCGCGCGAGAGGCAUACGAUUCCGCGCACGGUGAUUGUUGCCAGCGCCGUUCAUUUCUGGGCCGCGCGGUGGGGGAAGGAGAUUACAGAUCAGCCUGGAUUGCUGAAGGCACUGUCGGACUUGGAAACGUUCAACCCUAUCAAUCGCUACUGGGAGACAAAGUUGUUCAACAUCCUCUUCACCCGCGCCCUUAAUGAGCGCCUCCGGGCCACGCACCCCACCAUCAUUGUCAACGCCGUCAACCCCGGCCUCUGCACAACGAACCUCACACGCAACGCCGACCUUCCCUGGGGAAUACGCGUGCGGCAGGCCUUGCUCAGCGUCUCCGCCGAAGUUGGCAGCCGUGAGCUUGUGUGGGCGGCACUCGCUGGCAGCGAGCAGGCGGGAUCGUUGCGCGGGCAGUAUAUCAGCCGGAACGCUGUAGUUGAGCCUUCGGACUUCGUGCUGAGCGAGGAAGGGAGAAUCGCACAGGAUAGGGUUUGGCGAGAAAUCGUGGCUGUUGGCGAAAAGGUCGAUCCGAAGAUCGGCCAAAUCGUCAAGGAAUAUUCAUUGGACGUCUGAACUUUGUGUUUGUCGUAUCUGUAUGUGCUACCUCGAGGACUUGUCCACCUGUAUCGCUUCCCUUCUCAUGAGCAGCGUGUUUCUCCAUCUGUUCCCGUGGCUGCACGAAGCCGGCGUUCGUUAUGACGGACUGACUGUUAUUGUCCCGUGUUUCUACGGGUAUGCUGCUCUGUCCGACUGGCACAUGACCUACACGACCGCGUCCAGAAUCAACAUACCGGCUCUG